GUCUCCUCGAUUCUCUUUUUCUGUUCACCGUGUAUAUGAGUACAAAGUUCGAAAUUAGUAUAGAGGGCCUCUCUGAGCUGCGCGAAACAAGUACGUUCUCUUGUUGAACGAAUAACACAAGGUUGGCCAACACAGAGGCAACUCGCGUCACUUUCCAAGUGGAAACACUCGAUUCGCUCGCCAGAUGUCACGACGCGUUCGUCUUUUUUACCGCGAACCGAACAAAAGUUUAUUAUCCGCGGUUGCUUCGAAUCAUUCGUAACUCUUAUCUACAGAUUCAGUGCGAUCUACGUUAUUGAAAAGUUUCAGUGAAAAAAAGAUCGGCGUCGCUUGCAUCCGAUUCUGCGUCUACUCGAUUUUGAAAUCGAUCGGGUCGUUGAUACCGUGGAGUGCGGACAAUAAAAGUCGAAUAAACCCGGCUUGUGCGUGUGCGAUAAAAACGAGAAAUUCUGAGAGAGGAGGAUUUUCUAGCAGUUACAGACAUUUGAUUCGUUCGAAAAGUUCGCGUCACUUUGCCAUUUCUAACCUAGAAAGACGAAAUGGCAGAAUCGGAGCAAGACUUUGGAGAGCGUGGUGAUAGCGACAAUCUAAAAACGGAUAAGCUGUUUAUUUUGAAGAAAUGGAACGCCGUGGCCAUGUGGAGCUGGGACGUGGAGUGUGACACUUGCGCGAUUUGCCGGGUUCAAGUGAUGGGCACGCAUGACGAUUCCGACGACAAUAAUGACAGUGGUACCGGCAUGUCGAUAUCGGUACCGGUACCGCUGGUAUCUGCAACACCAACGUCAGCGACAGCGCCGAUGAGCACGUAUAGUGGAACUUUCCAGAAGCUCGAGAGGGGAGGAAAGAGCGAGGCGGUGAGAGUACGAAAUCAUGGAAAUACACGUGCGAGGAAGAGAGAUAGAACGCUCUGUAAGAGAAGGAAGACGCCUGUCUUCGGUGUCAAGCGGAAAGCAAGAAGGAUGACGGCCGACAGGAUUGCGUUGUCGUUUGGGGAGAAUGCAAUCAUUCGUUUCACUACUGCUGCAUGUCCCUCUGGGUGAAGCAGAACAACCGUUGCCCAUUAUGCCAGCAGGAGUGGUCCAUUCAACGAAUGGGAAAAUAACCGAAACGUGGAAGUGGAACGUCGUUAACCGGCGUCUCUUCCUUUACGUCUACCAACUUUCUAUCUUGAUUCUUUUUUUUUUUUUUUCUUUCUUUAUCGCUUUCGCAAUUUUUUUCUUUUUGAUUUAUACCCUUUGUUUUAUUCGAUCGCGACGAUAAAUGCAACCCGUCGCAAACUCCGCGUUUAAACUUUCUGUUUCGUAAAUCAUAAAACUUCUUUCUCAAUCUAUCAUAAUAUAAAUAAUUUAAUCUACCGCAAUAUAUAAUUUCAUUUUAAGACGCCGUUAUCGUGGAGACGUUGAUCCUUUUCAGCUGAUUAUCGAUCGCACAAUAAAAAACAAAUGUUAAUCUGACGAUGAGGUGCAAAGUGCAAAGUAUUUACAUACGUAAGCAUUGUCACGAUCGCGAGUACGCGCGAUCUUCGAUGGACAUCGAACUUUUCUCCCCGGAAGUCAUAGAUGGCGCAUAGUUUUCGAUCGAUAAGGGAAGAAAAUUCGUGUCCACCUACCGUUAGUUUUAGAUUACCUUCGCUAAAUAGCGUUCGAUUACACGUGCAUAUGUAUAUUAGUGCUUAUAACGAUUUACUUGGCUCGUAUUUCGAAUACGUGCCUCGAAACGAUUGCAUCACCUGUGUGGAAUGCCUGUGAACGACAACGAUCAAUUCGAAAAUCGCAUCAUUUUUCCGUUACCUUUUACCUCCUUGUUUCUAAUUUUCAGACAAAAAGUUUAAUUGGCAAAUGUGUUUUAUCCUCGAUCUAGUACGAUUCCUAUGCGAUACUAUGCGAUAUGGUGUAAUCGUGAUCCGAGCGCUCGAAGGUCGCUCCUUUCUUCUCCUCGUCUCUCUUUCCUCCUUCCUUCGUAUCAGCGCCAUCUUCCGUCUCUUUUUCUCUCUCGUCUCGUCCUUUCUCGUUUCCCCUCUUCAGCCCCGAACCGUCCCGCCGUUUGAUCGUUGCCCGGCUUUACGUGUCGUCAUAACAGCGCGGAGGCUCGGCUGCAGCCUCGACCAAUCGAACGAGAGAAUGGUAUAACAACGCCUAUAUUUAUGACCUCGCAGUUGCUACCACCUCUUGUAUCUCUUUUUUCCUCUCCUUCUCUACAUUCUACAUAUCUGUCUGCCCUACCACACCGUCUUCCUCUGUCACUCCUGGCUCUGUAUAUGAAACGCACCUAUACACAGAACAGUAACUCCUUUCCCCCUUCGCCGAUACCGUCGCUCGUGCUCCUUCCUUCUUUUUCAAUCUCACCUAUGUCCUGUUCCUCUUGCAUGUAUGUACGUGUAACUAUGGAAAUCUUGAACAUGACGAAAAUAUGAAUAAACUUUAUCAACGUUCGAACUUUUAGCCGGUGGACUAGAAUUUUCACAUCAUAUUUAUAACUUCUGUGUAAUUUCAUAUUAUCGUUCUUUUUUUAAAACUAACAAAUUAACCGGGUACACAGGAUGAACUAAUUUUGUUUUAGCUAGCAUCGAAGUGUUGUUCUGUUAAUUUUACGGCUUAGUUCGCGUGAUCAAUGAUCAACGAACUGAAACAGGCCGAAAUUUUCCAUUACCGAUAAAGAGAACGUAUCGUUUUAGGGCGUUUCGCUGUUAUUAGGCGAUGAAAGGUAUGCGAAACGGUGGGGGAUCGAGUUAAAUAAAAUCCAAUUAUUUCAUUAAAUUUUCGGAGAUGUGAUUUUGGGGAUUUCAAAUGAUUGUAUCUAUGGAGACAUGUUUGUAUGUGUGUAUAGAGCUAUCGGAACGAAAACAGUUAGGUAUCGAUAGGGAAUGACGUAACGAGAGGCAAAUUUGCUCGUCAUGGUUCUCUCGAAAGGCGGACACAAGAAGCGCCGAGGUCAAUUCGAGUCGAGCCUCCAUGAAACCUCUUUUCAUUGGUUCUUUUCCAGUAUGUAAUAGGCUAUAUAAGUACAGGCUCAUAAAAAUAUACACUGUAACUUAU